AUGUGCUCCGAAGGAGCGGUGUUGGCGGCCGCGAACGGCCGCGGUAACAGGAAUGCUGUUUUUGAAGACGAGUAUUAUCAGGUGAUUUUGCCGCACUUGCCUACCGGUCGAAUCGUCCUUAAUACUGUUUUCUUACACGCGGACGUCCGUGGAAGACCGUACAAGGUUGAGGAUUUCCGUGACGCUCUGGUUCGUCUGGAACUGCUCCCCGAAGUAGUUGCUUUGGGGGCGUAUCAGAUGAAUCACGUGUGGGCGGUCAUGAUGAAGACGACUGAAGCCACAAAGAAACUGCUUGCUAUCCGAAGCAUCAUUGUCAAAGAACGGCGCUGUAUUGUCGUUGACCCCACCAAUCAAGGCGUGCGCUUGAAGUUACACUGGAUGCUGCCAAACGUGUCAGAUGAAGACAUCAGACAAGCUCUUGCCCCAUACGGAAUAGUUACGGACGCGGCGAAAGAACGGUGGCGUGUUCAAGGGAUUUUGGACAAGGGCUCAACGACGCGGUCGGUGACCCUGCAGCUUAAGGCAGGUACUACAGUGGAUGAUAUUCCGCACCAGCUACGCAUAGCAGGGGAGCUCGUCCUUGCCGUCAUUCCGGGCCGCGCCCCUCUUUGCCUGCGGUGCCAUACAACCGGUCAUAUCCGCCGGGACUGUCGAGUUCCACGCUGCGAGGUCUGCCGCCGCUUCGGCCAUGAACGAUCUCAGUGCGUCAAGACAUACGCCGUCGUCGCAGGACCAACGAGGAGAGAAGAAGAAGUAUCUGAACACCUCAUGGAUGAGGCUGAAGUUGAAGAUAUUUCUCCGGUUAAGAGCGACAAGGUUGGCAACACGGUCACACAGAAGCAGCCUCUCCACCCCAAAAACUUGUGCCCAGACAAGAAAACCAACGACGAGGCUGAUACUCGGAAAAAGACUGAAAACGAGGCGCCUGAAAACCAGAGUUCCGCGACAGAACAGAGUGAUGUCCCCUCGAAGUCGUCGCCUGCCACUACGUGUGCGGAGGCGUCUGCUACGACUGACGUCGACAUGUCAGCAGCCACUAGCAUGCCUGCGAAGCGGGCACACGAGGAAACGAUCGGCGUAACCGAGACCUCUGGAGCAACGACAUGCAGCGAACCACCUACAAAGGCGACUCAUCUGCGACGUACGCCUUUCAAGCCGAGGCCCAACGUCCAAGUCGAGCGGAGACCCGAGACGGGGCCGCCCCCGUAGCGGCUUCGUUUCGGGCAGUACAGCCUAGAUUUGGCCACUACGUGUGAUACCGCCAGCUUGACUGGCGGAGCCAUGUACAACAGAAUAGAGGACACCACUUUGUGCAUAGUGCAUGGGUCGCUCAAGGUAAGCGCUAUGCGACCCGAUUGUUCUUGCUCAUAAUGGAGGCCGCAAUUAACACCGCGAUUCGUAUUGCCACGCUAAAUGUCCGAGGACUAAGCACGAGGCGGCGGCAAUACCAAUUGAGUCGUAUCUUUCUGGAAAACAAUCUCGACAUAAUCGCAGUUCAGGAAACCAAGAGAGCGAGUCAGGAGCAAACGGAUCGCAUGGUGCAACAAUUCGUUCCCCGUUACAAUGUAUGCGUCUGUCAUGCGGCCGGCACAUCGGGGGGCUGCGCUAUUUUUUUGCGCAAUAGCCUAAAUAUAAGUGUAGAAGCAGUCACAGUGUGUGAAACGGGACGCCUGGUUGUUGUCGAUUUUACCUUGAAUGAAGUUUUCUGGCGAGUUAUCUGUAUUUACGCCCCUAAUAGAGAGAGCGAGAGACAGUCUUUUUUCGAACGAGUUGAGGAUUAUUUAAAGACCGAUAAGCUUUUGG